GGAUAAACUCCGAUGGCCGGGAGCGGCGCAGCGUUUCAGCAUGUGCGUCGCUUCAAAUUAGCUGGGACGUCCGCCUCGGUUCCUCAUGGAAGGGAUUUAAGGAGAAACUCCGGAGUCCUUAAGUUGGAAGAUUUAUACCUUUUUUUAUUUUUUAGAAAGCUAUGGCAGAUAUUGACAAGCUUAACAUAGACAGUAUAAUUCAGCGUCUUUUGGAAGUGAAAGGCUCAAAGCCUGGCAAGAGUGUGCAGCUGCAGGAGAGCGAGGUGCGAGGCCUGUGCCUGAAAUCCCGAGAGAUCUUCCUCAGCCAGCCUAUCCUGCUGGAGCUGGAGGCUCCUCUCAAGAUAUGUGGUGACAUCCACGGGCAGUACUACGACCUCCUAAGGCUGUUUGAGUAUAGCGGAUAUCCGCCAGAGGGCAGCUACCUGUUCCUGGGUGACUAUGUUGACCGGGGAAAGCAGUCACUGGAGACCAUCUGCCUGCUGUUGGCCUAUAAGAUUAAAUACCCUGAGAACUUCUUCCUGCUUCGGGGAAAUCACGAAUGUGCCUCCAUCAACAGGAUAUACGGUUUCUACGAUGAGUGUAGGAGGCGGCACAGUGUCAAGCUUUGGAAGACAUUCACUGACUGCUUCAACUGCCUCCCCAUCGCUGCCAUUGUGGAUGAGAAGAUCUUCUGCUGCCAUGGAGGUCUGUCCCCAGACCUCCUGUCCAUGGAGCAGAUUCGGCGAAUCAUGAGACCUACGGAUGUUCCUGAUCAGGGCCUGCUGUGUGAUCUUCUGUGGUCUGACCCAGACAAGGAGGUGUUAGGCUGGGGAGAGAAUGACCGCGGUGUCUCUUUCACCUUUGGAGCAGAAGUGGUGGCCAAGUUCCUGCACAAACACGACCUGGACCUCAUCUGUCGGGCGCAUCAGGUGGUUGAAGAUGGGUAUGAGUUCUUCGCCAAACGGCAGCUGGUGACCCUGUUCUCAGCACCCAACUACUGCGGCGAGUUUGAUAACGCUGGUGCAAUGAUGAGUGUGGACGAGACCCUGAUGUGCUCCUUUCAGAUUUUAAAACCAACAGAGAAGAAAAAGCCGAAUGCAAGCCGACCAGCUACACCCCCUCGAAGUAUGGUGAUGAAGCAGCCCAAGAAGUAGGGCAGGGAGUAUGGUGAUGAAGUAUCCUUGGAGUAUGGUGAUGAAGUAUUCUUGGAGUAUGGUGAUGUGAAAUAGCCCAAGAACUAGGGCAUGGAGGGGUGGUGUUUGUGCUGUUCAUUUAUUUGCUGGUUUUAUGGUUCAGUGAUCACUUGCUUUUUAUGCACUUUUUUACUUGCCAGAACUCAAUGCCACUACUCAAAAACAAGUGAAAUACUGUUUUGUUUUUUUGCCAGAUCAAAAUGUUGUUGUACUAUGCAUUCAGGUAUCCUAUAUGGACAAAAGUCUUGGGAUAGCUGGCCAUUAGACUUACAGGAACUUUUAUGACGUCCCAUUAUAAAUCCAUAGGCAUUAAUAUGGAGCUGCUCCCCCCUUUGCAGCUACAACAGCUGCCACUCUUCUGGGGAGGGUUUCCACAAGAUGUUGGAGUGUGUCUGUGGGAAUAUUAGCCCAUUCUUACAAAAGGGCCUUUGUGAGGUCAGGCACUGAUGUUGGACGUGAAGACCUGGCUCACAGUCUCUGUUCCGGUUCAUGCCAAAGGUGUUCGAUGGGGUUGAGGUCAGGACUCUGUGUGGGCCAUUCAAGUUCUUCCACACCAAACUCAGCCAACCAGGUCUCUAUGGACCUUGCUUUAUACACUGAGACAUAGUCAUGCUGGAACAGUAAAGGGCCUUCGCCAAACUUCCAAAUGUAAUGGUUACAACAAAGUUGGAAGCAUAGAGUUGUUCACAAUGUCUUGAUAUGUUGAAACAUUAAGAGUUCCUUUAACGGGAACUAAGGGGCCUAACCCAACCUCUGACUUAUUGCAAAGUUGGCAUCCUAUGACAGCACCACAUUUGAAUUCACUGAGCUCCUCAGAAUGACCCAUUCUUUCACAAAUGUCUGUAAGCGUGACUGUAUGGCUAGGUGCUUCACAUUAUACCCCUGUGGCAGUGGGUCUGAAGGAAACCCCUGUAUUAAAUGAUUAAAAGGUGUGUCCCAAUACUUUUGUCCAUAUAGUGUAGAAUGUCUAGCUUCAGUAACCAGGAACCUGUGUAAUUUACGGGAGAUAAAAUCUAAAUUUUUGCAAUUCCCCCAAAUUCCCCACAAUGUGUUGCCACUGUGACCUAAAAUACUGCUGAUAAGCAGCGUGUUUUCUGUCUUCAUUCAUUCCUUCCUGACCUCUUUGUUCUCCUGUGGUCCAGUUCUGGUGCCAUGUCACUCUUCAAAACACUGACUUAUGUCUCUGAUGAUCUUAUUUUAUCAAAAUCUCAAUAUGGAUCAGAAAUGUAGCUUCAUUUUUAGACUGAAAAAUGCAUAUGUGUAUUUAGAUGAGAAUGUAGGUGAUCCAACCCAAGAUUCACGUGUGCUGUAUUUAGUGAUGUCACUAGGCUAUAAGGUUAAUGUGCCAGUCAUUACGAACUAUGAUUUGACUUUGGAUGAUAUACAGCUGGAGUUUUUUUAUGUGUUGGCUUGUUUAUUAAAUGCAGAUAAAGCAAAAAAUAUGUAA